UCACUUGCUGUUGGGGGCAGCCGGGUCUGGGUAAUGCGUGCGUUCGUGUCAGCUCAGAUUUCGGAUUCCAGCCUUUUUAACAUCCCUGAAGCUGUUUAUUUUCACCUUGGGAUAGGGCUACAUUUAUGACGUUGGGUGCGAUGAUAAGAGGCAACAACGGCAAAGACAAGCAGGAGAAGCCGGGAUGCGGGCGGCGCACUCCCACCUUCAUGUCAGCGGAGGACCUGGCUUCGGGUCGGAAGAGCCACUGGCAGGAGCUCGAGAUCACGGGCAUGGUGCGUAACAUCAGCCCGACGGUGUGGCGUCUGAAGCACCUGACGGCGCUGUACAUGAGCGAGAACUCGCUGGUGUGCCUGCCGUCCGAGAUCUGCCACCUGACUCAGCUCUCCUACCUGGACAUCUCCAACAACAAGCUGCGGCGGGUGCCGGCCGAGCUGGGCGAUCUGGUCAACAUGCGGGAGCUGCACCUGAACCACAAUCUCCUGCGGAUUCUCCCUUACGAGCUCGGCAAGCUGUUUCAGCUGCAGGUUCUCGGGCUAAAGGUAAGCCAAGGCGUGUGGGUCGAUCCGUUCUUCCAGGGGGGCAACCCGCUGGGGUCGGAGAUAAUGACGGUGUACCAGGAGCAGAACGGCACCCAGCGGCUGCUCACCAUGAUGCUCAACAACCUCGAAGGCGACUGA